AUGCCUAAUCAGGCGCGGCUGCGCGGCGGGCUGCUCGGGCGUGGCGUUGCUUGCACCGAGGCGCGCGUGGCUGGAGGGGAGGUGGGCUUGCUCAAGGCGCUCGCCGCGGCGGUGCAGCAGCACGACCCCGACAUCCUACUCGCGUGGGACGUGCGGCGCGCGUCGCUCGGGUACGCGCUCGAGCGAGCCGCGGUGCUCGGGAUGAGGCCUCCGCUCGUGCGGCUGCUUGGGCGGAUGCCAGACUCGGACGACGGCGACGCGAGGGCGAGGCGGGACCCGUGUGUGGCGGCGGCGCCUCUUCACGCCGGCGCGGGUGUGGGCCAGGUCUGCGGCCGGCUGGUGCUCAACGUGUGGCGCUCCGCGCGGGCAGAGCUCAAGCUCACCUCGUACACACUCGACAACGUCGCCGCCAAGCUGCUCGCCGCCGUGAUCAGUGAAAACACUACGAUGCCGCCUGAGGAAUCUAUAGGCAUCGACUUCCACUCUGUGCUGGUGCGAGGCUCGCAGUACCGAGUGGAGUCGAUGCUGCUGCGGCUGGCCCGGACGCAAGACUACGCCCUCCCCGCCACAAACAAGGAGCAGGCGCUCAACUUCGACCCCGAGGGCACCCUCUACUCGGACCCGGCCGCACUGCUCAGCGGGGGGCGAGAGGCGUCUAUGACUGUGCCACAGGUGGCCGUGCUCGACUUUCGCUCGUUGUACCCCUCCGUCGUCUGCGCGUACAACUAUUGCUACUCCACCUGCCUUGGCAAGCUCGAGGCGAUACCACGGACCCUCCGGCGGGAGACGAACCCGCGCCUCGUCACACCUCUGCGCUGCGAACAGGCGAUGGCGCCUACCCUCCGGAGGGAGGCGGGGCCGUCGCAUAAGUUCGGAUGCCUCGAGCUGCCUCCGCGUGCGCUCGCCACCCGCGACGAGGUGCACUCGUCACUACCCCUAGGACUGAUUUCGCGCUAG